AUGAGAUACAUGUACAAAAUUGAUAGGCUUGGAUUGGCUUUGUUGGCCUUAGGAGGAUUUGUGAGGUCUGAAGAUGAAUAUGAAGAAGUUGAAACAUACAGCGGUGGUUAUGGCGGAGGACAUGGUGGUGGAGGCUACGGAGAGGGAGGACACGAUGGAGGCUUUGGAGGAGGUGGUCAUGGAGGAGGCUUUGGAGGAGGUGGUUAUGGAGGAGGAUAUGGUGGUGGAGGCCAUGGAGGCGAAGGGUAUGGAGGUGGAGGGCAUGACGACGGAGGAUUUGGGGGAGGUGGUUACGGGGGCGGUGGUCAUGGUGGUGGAGGCUUUGACAGUGGAGGUCACGGAGGUGGAGGCUAUGGAGGUGGAGGCUAUGGUGGAGGUGGAUAUGGCAGUGGAGGUUAUGAAGACAGUGGGUAUGGAGGAGGAGGCGACUAUGGCGGAUACGGAAGUGACGGCUAUCGUUGA